AUGGAAGCAAAAAUUGCUGGAGAAUGGCUUGUCAACCUUUACAGCGCAGAAGCAUCCUACCGCAGCGAAGAUCAAUACCUCACAUCCCUCGAACAACUCAAAUUCGACGAAUUCUUCACUCAGCAUGGCUCAUCUCCCGUAUUCAAGAAAUAUCAUGUCGAAGCGAUCCGACUGUGUUUAUCAAAGGAGAGGAAGCCAGAGUACCGGAACGCGAGGGAGCUGAUCGCUAAAGACGAGACAAAGAAGUUGUUUGUCGAUGAGGAUGAUGUGCUACAGGUUGCGGUUAAACGGGCUAGAAUAGACCCGGACUCGGAGGGGCAAGGCUGGUCACCGGCGCAGUUUAACCCUGAGCUUCAGGAGAUGGUGAAGUUGCUGAUGGAACAUGGAGCGAGGGUGAAUUGUGUCGACCAAGACGGAUACUCUCCUCUUUAUUAUACUUGCGUUCUGGGAGAUUCGGAUCUAUUUCAUUAUCUACUGCAUUGCGGCGCCGACCCUUCGACAUUGCAGAAAAGGGUAGUCCCAGAACAAAUUAUUAAAGAGAGAGAGGUUUCAGAAGUACCUUUCGAAGAUGAAGAAAACGUGAAUCUUCUUCAGGUUACACUCGACGCUCUGAUAUCACCCCAGCGUAUCUGGGACAUGACUUGGGUUGGUUGGCCUCCAGGGGUCAACUACAACAGACCUCUCUGGAAGAUGUGGAUCAGCGCCAGUUGGGGUGGUAUUAUACACAAACUCAUAAGCGAAGGUCUUGCAUAUGACAAGAAAGAUCCGGGCCUUGUCAUGCUUCUUCACAUCGCUUGUUAUCAAGGAGAUAAAGAUGAAGUUGAGGAUAUCUUGGAAUACGGCGUCCCAGCGAACAUCCCCAACCCAAGAAUCAUAGACGGCGGACAAGGCGAGGGUUCAAUGUUUGGGACGGCAAUGCUUGCUGCAGCUGCUGGUCUGCACAUGCAAGUCAUCGAAGCUCUGAUCGCGCACGGCGAAGACCCGGGUUUGAAGAGGUGGUGCGCUUUCGAUCGCGGGGCGGUCAGUAAAGAAUAUACGCCUGUGGAAAUUGCCAUCGCUGUUUCGGAUCGUGAUUUGGAUCUGUUGGAUUUUCUGCAGGCUUUUGUAACGAAGGCCCAGAAUCUUCCCAAUUCAAAUUAUCAAGCGGUAUUGACGUGGUUUGUUGAGUCUGAUGAACUCGACUUGGCGAAAGAUUUACUGGAACGUGGUGUGCUAUUGAAUCAGGUUCCUCUGAACACGAAGAGCGUUGGAAUGGCUAAGCUGCUUACAUCGCGUGGGAUCAGAUUGAGUCCGAUAGCUCUACAGCAAAAGGCGUUGAGGAAUAAACACUUAGAUCUCCUACGCUGGUGUGUCAACGAGUACGGUCCGGAACUGCCGACCGACCCACACUCAUGGGGCAGAACAGGCCUUUGGCUGAUGCAAGACAUGUCUUAUAUCAGAGAGAUCGAGUAUCUUAUCAAGGAAUAUCCUCGUCCUCAUAUCGACCAAGUCCUGUUCGCUCAGCUACAAAACUCGAAGAAUGAGCAGAAGCGCACUGAGACAAAUUGGCUCCACUUAGCCGUCACCAAGCACAACCUUGAGGCUGCUAGAUUAAUUCUAGACGCAGGAGCAGAUCCGACCUGUCCUGGGUUGUGCGUCGAUGCUAUGACGGCUAUGAGACAGGUCGGUAGAUGGUGGGAUAUUGCUGAUCAAUUGGAUGUCAUCAGGAUAAUCGAGGAAAAGCUUUCGAAAGACGGGAAGUGGGAUGUUCCGUCGUACGCUGACACGAGAGCAAAGAUAUCUGAAACUGUUGUUGCAGAACGACAAGUUUUGGACGAGAAAGUGAAGGAGCUGGUGGAAGGCCGACAGGAACUUCCGCGUACGGUACCGAAGACUAGGGAUCCUGCGGUUGGCUCUGCCAAUCCUGCAAGCUCUGCAAGUAGCGCUUACAAACUGUUGUUAGGAAGCAGUUCGUUUCGACUUCUGGAGCUCCUACCAUCAGCUAACCGAUCUGACCCUCUAAGUGGCCGCUUGAUCGACAGCGAUAUCACGUUCCAGCCAGAAUAUGAAGCUUUGUCGUACGUAUGGGGCGACAUCGAACCAGCCAGGUCUAUAACACUCAAUGGCACCGAAACAUCGAUAACGCCAAACUUACACUCUGCACUCAUUCAUCUUCGUUCUGCAGAUAUUGUUAGAACUAUUUGGGUAGACGCAUUAUGUAUUAACCAAUCCCUUUACCACGAACGAAACCAACAAGUUCGAAUCAUGGGCGAUAUUUACAAAUCGGCAAAACAAGUCAUAGUUUGGCUUGGCGACGCAGCACACGAUUCGCACCUAGUGUUCGAUCAGUUCAAGGAUGAUCCUCCCGCAAACUCGUCAACGCCUCCAGAUGUGCAACGCAAAGCCUGGGUUGAAAUUUUCAAACGACCCUGGUUCUACCGCACCUGGGUAAUCCAAGAAAUCGCCCUCUCACGCAAAGCAAUUAUCAUGUGCGGAGACGAUACUACCGUCUGGCGAAAUGUCAGCGAGAGUUGGAAAGAGGACUUUUCAGGCCAAGCAAGUGGCAUUUCUACAGGAGGGGACCAUCCUAUUUCGGGAUUUGACCCCGGCAGUCAUGUCUUUGGCCUUAGAUUGAUUAUUUAUGGAAUCUUGGGCUUAUUCGAACCAGGCUUUAUUGAAGUCGAUUAUCAUUUACCUGUGGGGGAGAUUUUUAAGCAGUUCACAGAGGCUGUUCUUACCUCAACAGGUGAUUUGAAGAUCCUGAAAUGUGCAGGCCUUGGCCAUUUUCCGUCCUGGGUUCCUGACUUCACGGAUUCGUCUAAGAGAAACGUUUCUGAGUAUUACUGGUCUCCUCCUUAUCGAAGAGAAGCUCCAAGUCACUAUCACUAUCGGGCUGCAGACAACACGCUGAUGAGUGUCCCGCGGGAAGACUUGGCUAGGAAAUAUCUACCAGGUCUUGAAUUCUCAGCUGAUGGGACUUUGACUUUGAAGGGUAAGAUGGUCGAUACUGUCCGCGCAGUGAGCAUUGAACUUCCGGCUGGUGUUAGCCAUGCUCCUGGCACGGCAGCUUUCGCGUCUGUGAUGGAAGAGUGGGAAAAGCUUGCGAGAACUUGUAUUCCUGGGUGGAGAGGGUCAAAGGAUUCAGUGUCGCACGCUUUUGCUGCCACAAUCGCUGGAAUGUACCAUGGUGACCGUUCCAAGGAUGAUGAUGGCUUUACACAAUGGUACCGGCACUAUGGAACAGGUAUUCUCGAAGAAGCAGACCCAUCGAUGUUCCUCCGCGAUCACGAGUUCUACCUCUGGUGGCGCAGUAUCGGAAGACCUAUCUCAGACUCUAAUGCAGACUAUUAUCGUCUUCGUGAAUUCUUUCAGAAAAUGAUGGAAGCUAGCUAUAAUCACUGUCUUUUUACCACAGACGAGGGAUCAAUGGGCCUUGCGGGUCCUGAUGCAAGGACGGGUGACAAGGUAGUUUACUUCCCAGGCUCAACUGACCCUUUUAUUCUACGAAAGAGGGAUGACAUGCGAUGGAGCUUGGUAGGAGACUGUUAUCUGUAUGGAUUGGAUAUCGAUGAACUCUUUAUGGAUGAGGAACAUCCUGUUGAGGAUUUCGGGAUAUGUUAA